AUGCCUUCGACUCACAAGAAAGACAAGCCGUGGGAUACGGACGACAUAGAUAAAUGGAAAGUCGACACUUUUACCCCCAAUGACAAUGCGGGCGGCACCUUUGCAGAGGAGUCUUCUUUCAUGACCCUCUUUCCCAAGUAUCGCGAAGUAUAUCUGAGAGAGGCGUGGCCGCUUGUCACGCGGGCCCUUGAGAAGCAUGGAAUUGCCUGCACCCUCGAUCUCGUUGAGGGUUCCAUGACCGUAAAAACCACGAGAAAAACUUUCGAUCCGGCUGCCAUUCUGAAUGCUCGCGAUCUCAUCAAGCUUCUGGCCCGAAGCGUACCAGCACCGCAAGCUGUCAAGAUUUUGGACGAUGGCGUGGCUUGCGAUGUCAUCAAGAUUCGAAGCCUUGUGCGUAAUAAGGAGCGUUUCAUCAAAAGACGGCAGAGGAUUCUAGGGCCCAACGGCACAACGCUGAAAGCCCUCGAGCUACUCACGAGUACCUACAUCCUGGUUCACGGCAACACAGUUUCUGUCAUGGGACCAUUCAAGGGCUUGAAGGAGGUCAGGAGAGUGGUGGAGGAUUGUAUGGCCAACGUGCAUCCCAUCUACUUGAUUAAGGAGCUUAUGAUCAAGCGAGAGUUGGCCAAAGACCCAGAGCUGGCAAACGAGAGUUGGGACAGGUUCUUGCCCAAUUUCAAGAAGCGAAACCUGAGCAAGAGACGUGUGCCCUUCAGUGUCACGGACAAAUCAAAGAAGACGUAUACUGCUUUCCCUCCCGCGCCCGAGAAGAGCAAGGUCGAUUUGCAGAUCGAGAGCGGAGAGUAUUUCUUGGGCAAGCAAGCCAAGGAGAGAGCUGCACAGGCGGAGCGGGCCGAAAAGGCAAAGCAGAGGAAAGAAGAGAAGAAACGAGAACGAGAGCAAGACUUCGUGCCGCCGGAAGAGCCAGGCACCAAGCCCAAGAAAAGGAAGAAGUCAAAGACGGACGAUGCUUGA